UUAGGCACUUCAGUCGAAUAUUGUUUGAAAGCCAAAUAGUAGUUAUUCCCCUCUGCAAACAGUCACAUCUUGUUAUUCCGAGGAGGCAGGCAGACAAAGUUUGUUCAACAUUAUAAUAUAUAAACAUAAUAUAAUAAUAAAGCACUCGCGCGCGCGAGCUGACGCUUUUUCCUCGGGAGUUGAAGUGCGCCGAUUAGGGAUUUUCCUCCCGACGACGGGAUUUCCACCGGGAUUAUCGAGUAUUUUGGAGUUUUUCGCGUGUGACGAAAGUGUGACAUUGGCUCCGCGGGAGGCGGGAAUACAAGUGAGCUCUCGUGAGGUGUUCUUCCGUGAUCGUUUGUCGUGCGCUGCGGUGGCAUGUGUGUAGCGGCACAUUGGCGUUGAAGUGUUUUUCGUGAAAAUUUCGGACAUUUUUCAAACACUUACACAGCUCGGUGGACACGCACCGAGUGAGAAGAGAACGAGUAUUAUCGCCGCCGAAAAGCUGUGUCGUCACGCACGCACCGAGUACGCACGUAGUGGUCCUUGGUUGACGGUGGUAGUGUUGGUGACCAGCAACGUCGACGGAGAGUCCUUCAGAUUGGGGCCUCGGUGCCGGAUGCCAUAUUACCAUCUCGCGUGGCCUGGAGAGAAGCGCACAUAUUUGCUUUUCCAAUCAGUAAAACGACACUGGUGUUUGGGUUGCAACGAGUCAACAUCGAACCGAGCUAAGGGAAGGAGCCACCGUUGUUUUCCAGAGUAGUGGAAACCCCGAAAAACGCUUAAGCCUUGAGCCUCAAGAGUUACCGACGACCGUUCGACGACGUUGACUACGAAACCUGUUGAAACUCUCCCCAAGGGGAACGGAAUCCGGUACGGCAUCGUGUGUCUGUGUACUCUACGAGUUUGUUUGCCAGCGGUCCUGUGAACUGUGAAGAAGGACUUUAGCUCCAGAGAGUCCAUCGGGGGCCUCGAGAACAGCCGGUGUACAAGUAGUUAAGUUUUUGUGUCCACACAAAACUCGUUCAUCUCGACGUAUCGACAGCGUAGACGACGGUUGACACUUUGUGUUCGCUUUCGAAAAGGAAUCGACUAUUAAACACUCGGUGUGUGUAGAGUGUGGGAGUGACUAGCCCCCCAGAGUGUCCAAGAUAUUACCAAACUGCCUCGUAUCCUGCACGUAGUGUACUCGACUAGCUGGCGCGCGCGGUAACAGCCCGACAAGAGACCGGGAACGGGAGAAUGUUUGUGUGUUCCUGAAUUGUUUGUGUUUAUUAUUGAAUUUUAAAUUACGGAGGUUGAUUCAGCUCCCCAGUUUGAAAAUCGAAGGAAUACCCCGGGACGACAACGCCAUUCAUCAGCCGAGUGUGUGAACAAAUAAACAAAGCACAGUUCGGCGUAGAUAACCGGUGUAGUAUUGGAGUGAUAAACAAUUUCGGUGAUUGCAUUCAGGAAUGUGAACCAUUUGGUAUGAGCGAUUGAGAACGGGAGAUGAUUGAUCUGUAGUAAUGCUGCUACGGUUACAGUCGCUCACAGAGGUUAUAUUAAAAGAAGUGAUUUUGAUUGAUUUGUUUGUGCACGGCUUAGACAAAAUUUCCAAGUGAUAACAAGCGCGAAGACAGUAGUGAAAUCAAAAUGCAAAAACUCUAUCCGGAAACAUCGAUCAACAGCCCGAGUAUGGCCGGCGGAAAUAUGAGUCCCAUGACGUCAACGUACAGCAUGAACAGCAUGGGAAUGACGGUCGGUGGAAUGUCAUCGGUUUCUCCACAAGGUGGAAGCUUUGGCACCGGCGUGCUCGGAAGUCCAGGAAUGGCCGGAAUGGGAGCUGCUAUGAAUACCAUGUCGAGCCAAUGCCUAACGUCUGCUCCGAUCGGAUACAGUUCCAUGGGAUCCCCAAUCACCAACAUGGGCUCCUGCAUGGGAGGCAAUGGCAUGAGUACGAUGGCUGCGAUGACCGGCUAUUCCAGCGUAGCUGGUAGUCGAGAAGUACUCGGUGAACCAGUAUCGCCCAACUCCGCAGCCCUCCAGCGAGUAAGGAAUGAAAAACCUACCGCCACGUACCGACGGAGUUACACGCACGCUAAGCCACCAUAUUCAUAUAUCUCCCUUAUCACAAUGGCCAUCAAGAACAACCCGCACCACAUGUUAACUCUAGCGGAAAUCUACCAAUUUAUUAUGGACCUGUUUCCAUUCUAUAGGCAGAACCAACAGCGAUGGCAGAAUUCCAUCCGACACUCGCUUAGUUUUAACGACUGUUUCGUCAAAGUGCCCCGAACUCCGGACAAACCCGGCAAAGGUUCCUUCUGGACGCUGCAUCCAGACUCGGGUAAUAUGUUCGAAAACGGGUGCUACCUUCGUCGGCAGAAGCGCUUCAAAGACGAGAAAAAAGAAAUCAUUCGCUCGAUGCACAAAAGCCCAGCUCAAAGUAUGGAUGCGACCAGUCCGGACAAAAAGGACCACCAUGAAGACCAUCACCAUCAUCAUCGGGAUCACAAAGUGAGCGUCGAUACGCAUGGAAUGCUUAAUACCGCCCACGGUAAGGAUACCGACGCCCUAGCCAUGCUGCAUGCCACUGCGGACCUUUGCCUAGCCCAGCAGCAAUCGCAUUCCCAGCACGGGCCCCAUCACCAGCAGCUCCAGCAAGAGGAAUUGUCCGCCAUGGUGAAUCGAUGCCAUCCCUCGCUACUCAGCGACUACCACUCGAUGCACCUGAAGCAGGAACCUCCCGGCUACACGCCCUCUAGUCAUCCGUUCUCCAUCACCCGAUUACUACCGACGGAGUCCAAGGCAGACAUCAAGAUGUACGACAUGAGUCAGUACGCCGGCUACAACGGCCUAAGCCCUCUACAGAACUCACACGCAGCGGCCGCCGCUUUAGGACAGGACUCCUACUACCACCAGAGUCUCGGUUACCACCACGCAUCGGCCGGAACUACGAGCUUGUGACAUCAGUACCCGUUGGCAUAAGUGAAACUUAAGAACUACUACGGUUGCUACGGAGCCAACGGCAACAUCCACAACAACAACAACAAUAGCAUUCAUCAGUUUAAUAACAACCAUCACAACAACAACAACAACAGUAGUAACAACGGUAAUUCUAUCAGUAGAUCAUCCUUCAGUAGCAGCACCGAUGCUGAUCAUAGUUUCCAAUUCUAAAACCAGCCUACAGACUGUAUCUCGUUUAACUGAAUCCCACCUACGCUCCUCUCCCAAAACACCCAAACACGAUCGUGCGCGUGAUCGGUAGCGAACCGGUGCGGAGGCAGGUUGCGACAGCAUGAAUUGCAAUUAUUCCAAUGAUGAUUAUCGAUUUGAUUGGAAGAUUCUUGUUCAAUACUUGAUUGGAAUAUCACUUUUUAGUUUUGUUUCGAUGGGGAACAAUCAUUGAGCUUACUACUCAAUCGACAUAUUAAAUGAAAUCCUUUAUUGAGUAAUUUUUUUGCGUUUCUACUGCCACAACCUGCCUCAGCAGCGGAGGAAGAGAGAACCGGUCUUUCGACAGGCGAUUGAACUUCCAACUCAAACCCUAAAUGCGUCCCACUAAAUCGCCGAAAUGUCUCAAAAGUUCGUAACACCGUCCACCCGUCGUACUUCCGUCAUUCGGUCGAUCACUUACCCGGCUGCUUAUUCCACACUCAAAGCGCUUAUUUGUCUUUUGUAAGUGCUUUCGUUGUCGUUGUCUGCCCGAAAAAGCUGAACCGAAAGCAAAAACUGCUGAAUAAUAAUAUCUGCUUCCACCGCACCGCGCGCGCAGUGAAACCAGACUCAAGUUGAUCUUCGGUUCGCUUUGCAGUCAAAGCCCCCGCGUACGCGCGCUCGCGUCCGCCCAACUUCGCCCGUUUUCAAGAGAUGGAGGAAAUAAUGCUGGCCUGAUCUUGGGUCUUUGAUGUUUCGGACAACCUUUCGACCUUCGGUGAGGAGUCCACCCGCGGGUGGAGUUGAGUGGAGGCCCUUUUUCGCCUGAAAAUAGAAGUUUGAAAAUGCGCGUGUGCCUCGUCCUCUAUUGUUUGUGAUCCGUGCUUGUUUAGUGGCACAGUUUUUUUUUUGUUUUUUGGAGAAGGGCAAUUGAGAGUAGUUUUGAAGUACAGAUACUUGGAAUAUUUAUUCAGCUGGAGCUGAUGGGUGUUGGGGCUGCUCGGUUUGAGGAAAAAAAAUCCUAUGGAAGUGUGGUUUAGAUCGAUGAAAUAUUGACGGAAUUUCAGUGUGGUUUGCUGUAGAACAGUGUUUUGUUAUUUCGCACUGAAGCAAAAUGGAAAUAUUUUAUAUUUAUUAAAAGCUUCUAUGACAGCAGACUAAUUGGUACACUGUAUCCAGAAAAACGAGAUUCUUCAUUCCCCGGAAAUAUGACAGGCAAGUGAGAAUCGAUCUCACCGUUAUUUUGGCAAGUCAAAG